AAACAGGUGUCUGAGAUGCCUCCAACCCCCGGAGCGGGAGCCCCAGCGAUGGGCAGGACGUGGCGGUUCCCAGCCUGGUUGGCUCUUUUCUGUGGUCUUUCCACCGCGACUUUCCGUGGCAAGGAAUUCUUCACCGUCUUCCUGCAGAACGACAAUGGAGCCACCUACGCUGACAUCCAGCUCCUCUUCACGGCUUACGCCAACGCCACCAAGGUGACGGUGACGAUGAGCGGUGACCCCUUCACCCAAGGCUUCACCCUUGGGAAAGACGAGACCGUUUCCCUCCGCGUCCCGGGCAACGCGGAGCUCGUGGGCACCCAGGUUUUCAAUAAGGCCGUCUUGAUUGAGGCCACCGAGGAGAUCUCCGUCGUCUCCGUCAACUACAAGAGUUACACCAUGGGGGCCACCACCGUUUUGCCCGUCGAGAAGUUGGGCAACGAAUAUUACGUGGUGACGCCGGAGGAUAAGAAGACGGAAGGCUUGAAGGAGUUCGUUGUGACAGCCGGCAAGACUUCGACCACCGUUUCCAUCAAAGUCAAGGGCAAGUUUUAUUACAGAGGGAAGAAUUAUUCCCCGGGGUCCGUUCUCCGCAUCUUCUUGAACCCCUACCACAGCUUCCAGCUGCAAAGCACCGACGAUUUAUCCGGCACCAAGAUCAAGGCGGACAACCCCGUCGCCGUCCUCAGCGGACACACCUGCACCAAGGUCCGCAUGGGCUGUGACUACGUCGUUGAGCAGCUUCUGCCCGUCGCUGCCUGGGGCAAAACCUACGUCGUCCCCCCCAACCCCUUGCAGACGGAAAGCGACUUCACCUACAUCGUGGCGGCCGAGAAAGCCCCCAUCACCUACAAGAGGGGCGAUUCCUCUAUCACCGAGCACGUCGAGGCCGGGGAAGUCCACAAGGUCGAGAUUAGGCCAAAUUCGCCUCUUUACGUGACUUCUCCGGCUGCGAUUCAGGUGGUUUUCUUCUUCACCGGUGCACCCGGCUCGGUUAAGCAAGACCCCUUCCUACUCAACAUCCCACCCGUCUCCGCCUACUGCACGUCCUACCGGGUCACCGGCCUGCAUGGUUACGUGAACCACAUGGUCCUCGUUGCCCGUAACGCGGACGCCAACGCCACCACCCUCAACCGGAAGACAGAGAAGACCAUGGCCUGGCAAGCGAUUCCCGGCACAGACUUCUCCUGGGCCGCCGUCACUAUGAGCAACCCGGAAGAAAUCCAGAGCGCCGAGCACGACAGGGCACCCUUUGGGCUCCUCAUCUUUGGCUUCUCCAGUUACUUUGGUUACGGUUUCGCUGGUCUUUGUGCCACAACUUCUUCUCUGCCUUCCUGCGGAGAUCUGUCUUGCAAGGAGAAAUGCGAGGUGGUGGACGGGCAACCGACGUGCAUCGAAGACACUGUCUUGACCUGCUGGGCCACCGGCGAUCCCCACUACCAAACCUUUGAUGGGAAAGCCUUCGAUUUCAUGGGCACGUGCAGCUACACCUUGACCAAAACCUGCGAUCCGGAUCCCACCCUGCCUGUCUUCAGCGUCGAGACCAAAAACGAAGACAGGGGCAACCCAGAAGUCUCCUAUGUUGGUGCCGUGACCGUCCGCGUCUAUGACAUUACCAUUGUGGUGGCCAGGUCUGAGAACGGGAUUGUGAGGGUGAACAACCAUCGCUCCCGCCUCCCCAUCUCCCUCGCCCAAGGGAAACUCCGCCUGCGGCAGAAGGGCAAGUCCGUGCUGAUUCAAACCGACUUCAAGCUGAAGGUCCUCUACGACUGGGAUGACCACGUGGUGGUGAAACUCCCCGGUACGCUCUCCGGCAAAGUGUGCGGGAUGUGCGGCAAUGGCAACGGCGACCCCCAGGACGAUUCCCUCAUGCCCGAGGGCAACCUGGCGCAGGGCGCCGUGGAGCUGGGCCUGAGCUGGAAGGUGGCCGACGAGAGCCGUCGUUGCUGGGACAGCUGCAGCGGGGACUGCGGACGCUGCCGAAGGGACGAGGGGAUGAAGUACAAGGGGGAGGAGUCGUGCGGGUUGAUUACCCGACACCCGGGGCCCUUCGAGCGCUGUCACGCCACCAUCAACCCCGACGUCUACCUGAAAAACUGCGUCUACGACCUCUGCGUGAACGAUGGGCUCCACGUCAUGCUGUGCCAAGCCCUCAAAGCCUACGCAGAUGACUGCCAGGAGGAGGGAAUCGCCGUCUCUGACUGGAGGACGCUGGCAAAUUGUCCUCUCUCCUGCCCGAAGAACAGCAAUUACACCGUGUGUGGCACCGCCUGCCCCACCACCUGCAACACCCCCGCGGUGCCCGCUGACUGCCCUACCUCGGCCUGCGUGGAGACCUGCGCGUGCCAGGAGAGCUUCGUCUUCGACGCCAACGAGUGCAUCCCCCAGGCUGAGUGCGGCUGCGUCUUCGAGGGCCGCCUCCACGGCCUCCGGGAGGAGUUUUGGGGUGACAGCACCUGCACCAAACGCUGCGUCUGCGAUGAGGAAUCCCGGCGGGCCGUAUGUCGACGGGCAAGCUGCCGGGCUGAAGAAGAGUGCCGGGUGGAGGAAGGCAUCCAGGAUUGCUAUCCCAAGAGCUAUGGGACCUGCGCAGCCGUCGGUGCCACCCACUACGAGAGCUUUGACGGCAGGAGGUUCAUCUUCCAGGGCACAUGCAUCUACCAGAUGGCGGGGUUGUGCGAGAAGAGCCGAGGUCUGGUGGACUUCCAGGUGCUGGUGCAGAAUGGCCACCAGGAUGAGAGACCUCUGUCCUCCAUCGCUCUUGUGAUGGUCAAAGUCUAUGGCAAAAACAUUGUGAUCAGCCAGAAACACCCCGGCAAAAUCACGAUCAACGGCCAGUUGGUCAACCUGCCGUACCACCACAGAGACAGGAAGAUCUCCGUCUACAGAGGCGGGCAGGAAGCGGUGGUGGAGACGGACUUUGGCCUCACUGUCACCUACGACUGGCAAAGCCAAGUCACCGUGUCCGUGCCCAGCACUUACGCAAACACCCUGUGCGGCCUCUGCGGGAACUACGACGGGAACGCGGGCGAUGAGAUGAUGAUGAAGAACGGCCGAGUGACAUCAAACCCAGACGCCUUUGGGCACAGCUGGAAGGUGACCGACAUCGUGGGUUGCGCGGAGCAGUCGCAGGUGGAAUGCCCCGCCAUGACAGCAGCUCUGCGGCACCAGGAGCUCUCCGAGAUGGGUUGCGGCAUCAUCCGACAAGCGGACGGACCCUUUGGAGCUUGCCACGCUCAUGUGGACGCCAGCAAAUACUUCCAAAACUGCGUGCAUGAUUAUUGCCUCUUCCCGGACCAGGAAGAUGUGAUGUGUCCCAUCAUCUCCCGCUACGCCGCUGCCUGCCAGGCUGCCGGCGUGACCAUCGGGAGAUGGAGGACGGACGAUUUCUGCAGUAUUUCGUGUCCCGCCAACAGCCACUACGAGAUCUGCUCCUGGGGCUGCAGCCAGGCCUGCAGCAGCAUCUACGCCCCGGGGAAAUGCUCGGAGCGGUGCAGGGAGGGCUGCGUCUGCAACAACGGCUUCGCGCUCAGCGGCGACGAGUGCGUCCCCAUGUCCCAGUGCGGAUGCCUCCACCAGGACUUCUACUACAAGGCGGAGGAGACCUUCUUGCCCAGCAAGCAGGAGAAGUGUCAGUGCCAGGCCGGCGGCACUGUGGACUGCCAAGAAGUUUCUUGCCCUGGAGACAGCGAAGGCAAAGUCAUCGACGGCGUCUUCCAAUGCUCAUCCGCCGCCCUGGGGACUUGCGUGGCCACCGGUGACCGCAACUAUAUCUCCUUCGAUGGGAUGGCUUUCAACUUCUCGGGCACCUGCUCUUACGCCCUCGCCGAGACCUGCAGCGGCGACGACGUCAAACCGUUUGCUGUGAAAAUCGAGAAGGAAGCCCGGCAGAAGAGGAAGGUCUCCGGCAUCCAAGAAUUGUCUGUCGAAGUCUACGGCCUCACGUUGACCUUGACGCGAGGCAAGAGAGGAGGUGUCAUGGUGGACUCCAUAUCCCACCACCUCCCGGCCAUCCUGAGUGAGGGACGGGUCCAGGUGCACCAACACGGGAUGGGUGUCGUGCUUCAGACUGACUUCGGCCUCGUCAUACGCUAUGACCUCCUUCACCACGUGACGGUCACAGUCCCGCAGAGCUACCAGGGCCACCUUUGUGGGCUCUGUGGCAACUACAAUGGGCAACGCAACGAUGAUUUCCUCCUCCCCGGUGGCCAAAAGGCCCCCAACAUGGUGGUCUUUGGCUCUGCCUGGAAAACGUCUGAAGUGUCUUGCAGUGAUGACUGCUCCAGGGACAUCUGCCCCGUCUGCACAGAGGAGAAGGCGGUGGUCCUCCAGAAACCCAACUAUUGUGGCAUCCUCAUGGUCCCAGAGGGCCCCUUUGGCUCCUGCCACCACCUCAUUGACCCGACCUUGUAUUUCCAAGCCUGCCUCCAUGACCUUUGCCUCGCUGAAGGGGACACCCAUGUCCUCUGCCAGAGCAUCCAGAGCUACGCCACUGCUUGCCAAGAUGCCGGUGUCAUCAUCGAGGCUUGGAGAAGACCUUCCUUCUGCCCCCUCCGCUGCCCGGCCAACAGCAGCUACUCCCUCUGCACCAACCUCUGCGUCAAGAGCUGCGCGGAGCUCGUAGAUGCCUCCAAAUGCCCCAAAACCUGCGUCGAAGGCUGCGAUUGCGAUAAAGGGUUCAUCUUUGAUGGGAACGCCUGCGUCCCCGAGGACAGAUGUGGUUGCUUUGCGAACGGGGAAAGUUACAAGCCCCGCGAGUCGGUCCUGAAGGAGAACUGCCGGCGGCGUUGCACGUGCGUCCCCGGCGAGGGCUUGACUUGCAGCAGCCACAGCUGCACCGACGACGAAACCUGCGAAAUCCGGGAUGGGGUCUUGGGCUGCGUCAAUCGAAACCCCUGCAAAGCCCUUCAGUGCCGGCCCAAGGAGAGGUGCAAGUUGAAGGAUGGCCAAGCCAAGUGCGUCCCGUCCCUGGUUGCCACCUGCUGGGGUUGGGGGGACCCCCACUACCACACCUUCGAUGGGCUCGAUUUUGACUUCCAAGGCACCUGCACCUACACCAUGGCCGAAUCCUGCGGGAAUGACGCCAAACUGGUGCCCUUCAAGGUGGAGGGCAAGAACGACAUCCGGGGCGGGGUGAAAUCCGUCUCCUACGUCAGCUUGGCCAACAUCAAGGUCUACGGCCAACAUAUCUCCAUCCACCGACGGGAACUAGGCAAAGUCAGGGUCAACGGGGUGGUGACGCUGCUCCCGGUGAGCCUGGAGGACGGCAAGGUGCGGGUCUUCCAGAGCGGGCUCAGCGCCGUGUUGGAGACGGAUUUUGGGCUGCGGGUGACGUACGACUGGACCUGGCAUCUGCUCAUCGACCUCCCCAGCAGCUACUACAAACACACCUGCGGCCUCUGCGGCAACUUCAACCUCAAGCCCGAGGACGACAUCCCCCAGAGCGGCAACGACCUCGCCGCCGUGGUGGCCUGGGCCGAAAGCUGGAAAGUCCCCGAAGACGACGAUCCCUUUUGCUGGGAUUAUUGCGAAGGCAACUGCCCGGUGUGCGAGGAGGAGAAAAAGGAGCUGUACGGGGGCAACCAGUACUGCGGUCUCAUCAAAAAAACCUUCCAGGGGCCUUUCAAGGCUUGCCACGACGUUGUCAAGCCCCAGGAUUUCUACCGCAACUGCCUCUAUGACGUUUGCAUUAACAACGGGGCGAAGAAAAUCCUCUGCCAGGUGCUGGAGUCGUACGCCUCUACCUGCAAGAGGGAGGGAGCCAUCGUGCACGACUGGAGGACGCCGUCGGGCUGCCCGUUACCCUGCCCCGAAAACAGCCACUACGAAGCCUGUGGCAACGCCUGCCCGGCCACAUGCACCGACAAGGAUGCGCCCACCACUUGCACCCAGCCCUGCGUGGAGACCUGCGCCUGCAACGAGGGCUACGUCCUCAGCGGUGGCCAGUGCGUGGCGGUGGCCAGCUGCGGCUGCACCCACAACGGUCGCCACUACCGCCCCGGCGAGGAGUUUUGGGCCGAUGAGACCUGCCAAUCUCAGUGCAGGUGUGACCCGGAUCUGGGCAUGGUGGUAUGCAAGGAAGGCGGUUGCAAGCUGGGCGAGACGUGCGCCAUGGUGAAGGGGGUGCGGCGGUGCGUGGCCAAGAGCCGCUCCAUCUGCGUGGCCACCGGCGACCCCCAUUACACCACCUUCGACGGGCGCCGCUAUGAUUUCAUGGGCACCUGCAUCUACCAGUUGGCUGCCCUCUGCUCUGACGACCCCACCCUUGUCCCCUUCAAUGUCACCGUGGAGAACAACAACCGGGGCAGCCGCGUGGUCUCCUACACCAAGGAGGUCACCUUGAACGUCUACAACAUGACCCUCAGCCUCAGCCAGGCGCACCCCCAGAAGCUCAAGGUCAACGGCAUCUUGGUGGAUCUGCCCUUCGACCACGGCGACAAGGUCCGCGUCUUUCUCAAGGGCGUCCACGGCUUCAUCAAGACCGACUUUGAGGUCAUCGUCACCUUCGACUGGUACAGCUACGCCAGGGUCAUCCUCCCCAACACCUACUCGGGGGCCGUCUGCGGCCUCUGCGGCAACGCUGAUGGCGACCCCCAGGACGACUUCGCCUUGCCCGACGGGCAGCAGGUUGCCGACGCAAUCCAAUUUGCCGACUCCUGGAAGGUGGCCGACGUCCCCGGUUGCGGGGCCGGUUGCACCGAGGGUUGCAAAGUUUGCACCGAAGCGGAGAAACGCGCCUACCGGGGCGACAAACACUGCGGGCUCCUGGUGAAGAAGCGAGGACCCUUCGCCGCCUGCCACAGCGCCAUCGACCCGGCCCCCUACUUCGACGAUUGCCUCUUUGAUACCUGCCUCUACGAGGGGCACCAGGAAACCGUCUGCCGCUCCCUGAGUGCCUACGUCACCGCCUGCCAGAGCGAGGGCAUCCGCAUCAAGCCCUGGCGCACCAUCGCCUUCUGCAGUCUCAUCUGCCCCCCAAACCAGCACUACGAGCUCUGCGGCCCGACCUGCCCGGCCACGUGCCGGGGCCAAGAAGCAGCGGAGGAAUGCGAAGAAGCCAAGUUUUGCGCCGAAGGCUGCUUCUGCGACCAGGGCUUCUUGCUGAGCGGCGACCGCUGCGUCCCCUUGUCCCAGUGCGGCUGCUGGCACCAGGAGCGUUACUACCAGGCGGGCGAGGAGUUUUUCGCCUGCCCGCGUUGCAGCGAGCGUUGCGUUUGCAAAGGGGACGGGGCGGUGGAGUGCCAGCCGGCGGGUUGCGAGGCGGCCGAGGUGUGUGAAGUGCAGGACGGGGUGCGGGGCUGUUACCCCCGGGACUGCGGGCGCUGCCAGGUGCUGGGGGCGGUUUCCUACAGCACCUUCGACGGGCACCCGUUGCGUUUCGCCGGCACCUGCACCUACACGUUGGCGGCGGUCGAGGAUGCCGGCCCCGAGGACCCGCUGGUGCCCUUCGUGGUGGAGGUGGAGAAGGAGAACAACCAGGAGGCACCGGCCAUCCGCCGGCUGCUGGUGACGGUGCACGGCGUCACCCUCGGCAUGGCCAGGGGCGCCCAGUGGGAGGUGACGGUGGACGGCGAGCAGCACCUCCUGCCGCUGACGCUGGCCGAGGGGGCCGUGACGGUGACCCAGGAAGGCGCCCACCGGGUGGUGCAGGUGCAAGGUGGCCCCAAACUCCUCUACGACGGCCAGAACUACGCGGUGCUCACCCUCCCCAGCACCUACCACGGCCGCACCAAGGGCCUCUGCGGUGACUUCAACGGCGACGCCAGCAACGACCUCACCACCCCGCAAGAAUUGGGGGACGCCUGGGGCACCCUGACCCCCACCUGCACCCAUGGUUCUCCACCACCCGCUUGCUCCUCGGACACCCCGGGGCCCUGCGGGGUGUUGGCGGAGGCGACGGGCCCCUUCGCCGGGUGUCAUGGGGUGGUGGCACCCCAGGAGUACGUGGCCGGCUGCCUGCAGGAGCAGUGCGGCCAAGAGGACGCCGCGGCCUUGUGUCGCAGCUUGCAGGCCUACGCCGCCGCGUGCCAGGCUGCCGGCGGGGAGCUGCAGGAGUGGCGGGCGGCUGCCAAGUGCCCCCUCUCCUGCCCUCCCAACAGCCGCUACGAGCUCUGCACCCGCAGCUGCGACUACGCUUGCGCCGGCCUCUCCGCCGGCGCCCGCUGCACCGACAAGUGCUUCGAGGGCUGCCGCUGCGACGAGGGCUUCCUCUUCAACGGGGCCGAGUGCGUCCCCGCCGGCUCCUGCGGCUGCCUGCACCGCGGCCGCUACUUCGAGAUCGCCGAGACCGUCCUCUCCCCCGACUGCAGCCAGAGCUGCACGUGCCGGGCGGCCGGCGGCAUGCAUUGCCUCCCGGCCGCUUGCCCCUUCGGCCAAGCCUGCGGCCUCAAAGACGGAGUCCGGGGUUGCGUGGACCAACCGGGACGUUGCACCUUGGCCCCCGCCGCUCGCUUCGUCUCCUUCGAUGGGGCCACCGGCGCCACCACGGCCGCCGGGAUCUACGUGGUGGUUGCCCUCUGCGACCACCUUCGGCCCGCCUGGUUCCGGCUCUUGGCUGACGUUGGGGAGAACCAGGACCGGCCAACCGUGGUGGCCCUUCAUCUCUUCAGCCCCAAGGCCUUCCUCACCAUCAAGAGGGACAAGAAGGUCUGGGUCAACGGGGUCCCGGACACCCUCCCCGUGGAGGUCUCCAACGCGUUGACCAUCAAGGAGAGCCGGGGCACCAUCUGGAUCACCCAGGAACCCGAAUUUGUCAUCGGCCUCAGCCCUGCCGGGGAGGUGACGGUGAUGGUGGCCCGGGACCUGAGCCAGCAAGUCUGCGGGAUGUGCGGCAACUACAACGGCAACGCGGGCGACGACCUCCGGGGGCCCGACGGGAAACUGGUGGGGGACGUGGUGGCGGCGGCCAAAGCCUGGAGGGCGCCCGACUUCACCCACUGAUGCCGAAAAACCGCCUUUUAGACGCCUGCAGACGGGACGGCCGCGCCUCAUCGCUGAGGUCAUCGGGGCCAAAACAUCCCCACCCCACCCCCCCAAAAAAAAAAGGGAUUUUUUUUUUUUUUUCCCCACCUCUCACCUAAAUUUGAGGUUCCUCCCCCAC